AUGGGUCCGCCCCAACCCAAUUUCGAAUCUGAUGUGGAAAGGUUCAAAGCAUUUCUAGCCAAUUGCAUUCCGAUAAUAGCUCCGAAGGACCUUUCUCAUGAUUCUUCGAUUCUGCUCAAUUACUGUGCUCGGCUACUUACAACUUUAUGUUCCGAGUCGGGCCCGAAUUUUGACGUCGAUGAACUGAAGAAGUCAUUAGAGACAUACAUGCUAACCAAGAGUCCGUUCAAAACCCCGGCGAUACAAAAUGUACAAGCGUUAAUGCUCUUGGCGCUACUGGUUGACAAAGAGGGCUAUGGGAUGAAGUUUACUACGGCCGUACGAAUGGCAUGUUCUCUGGGAUGGAAUUUACAACCUGGCGAUGUAGAGGAGGGGGGUGAGUCGACUUAUGUGAGGAAUUUGUGGUGGGCGUUGGUAAUCCAGGAUAUUUGGCUGUAUUUGUACUCUGGCAUCCCCAUGGUCAUAAGAUACAAAGACUUUGCCGUCCCGAGACCGACAACAACAGCUCCGCCACUCUUUACACAUCUUCUUACACUAUCUGAAAUCCUCCGCUCGAUAAUCCGCCCUACAUCACUUGCAGAGUUAACCCCUAGCCUGGCGCCGACGCCGUACCAGGCUCUAGAGGUUUGGGAAUACUCACUCCCUCACACACAGACACAAGUGCGCACUCCUUCCCCGCCGACCGGGACUAUGCCAGACAAAUUUAUGUCGCCAGAGUCAGUGAUGCAACUCCUCCACGCAACCGUACUAGCUCUCCUGAUACUGGAUAACCCGAGCAACCAGAUUGCCCGCUCGAAUCCGGAGGUUAGACUCUCACGCGCGUUGGGUUUGCAUCUAGAGUUUCCGAACGUGUUCCGUAGAUUUGGGAUGCUGAAGAGAUGUGCGACUAUUUGUGCAAUAGCUAUGGUAAGUUUGGGAAGAGGCGCAGAGUUGGGGGAGUGGGAGAGAGUUGUUGGAGAGGAGGUUUGGGGAAAGGUAGUGGAGAAAGGGCAGAGUGGGGGUGGGUGGAGCGUCGUUUGGGAGAUUGGAAUGUAGAUGAUGUCCCUUGGGCAACCCUAGUUUCUUUAUGGGAUAUGAUAUCAUAAUAUUGUUACCAUAUUACGGUGAUACUAGGGUUUGAUACAUUGUCCAGAUUGGUUACUUUUUGUAA